UAUAAUAUAUGUGACGUGAACUAUAGAUUUUCAGUCGAUCUAUGCGCCCAAUGCGUGAAACGGAACGCAUCCUUUGUCAAUUUCAAAUUUUAUCUAUACUUCGUGAUUCAAACGACUUCAAAUUUUGAAUUUGAUACAUAGCAAAACAAAGAACAAAGUCUCUUUUAAUAGGAAUAAACACAUAAUUUCGUUGAAGUCUCAUCUAGUAUGUGAUAUUAGAAUCGUUUCGUUUUGUUUCUUUUCCCAUAAAUUAUUCUAUUCUGUCAAUUCAUAAGAACAGUCGUACAAAUAACAUACAUAGAAAUGAAAGAGGAAAACGUGUUACAUGUAGAAAUAUGUCAAUAUGCCAACAGCACUUUGUCAAAAGAAAUAAUUGAAGAGACAGUAAGUGCAGAAUUUAAGUCAUUGAAAGAGAUUUCUCUUGAUAUUAUUUUAUAUGGCAAAGAGUUUGUAAACAGUACAGUUAUACAAAAUCAUGUUGAAUCUAUAAUAUGCUCGUCUAAUUACACAGAGAAAGGAAAAAUUAAAAUUGAAGGAGCUAUCGUUAAAUAUUAUAUCUAUAGACUGACACAGGAAGGUGCCGCUACAGAAACAAUGAACUGCGACUCUGAUGAAUUGCCAGUCGCUUCUCAUUGGUUGUUACCUACACAGGAAUUUCACUACAUGUGGGAAAGCCUAUAUUACGAUUGUGACAUAAAGAACAAUUUAUUGCAUUUUGUGGAGACAACAAUGUUAUUUUCUGAUCUUGCCAUCAACUCUAAUAUUAUUAGUUGGAAUAAAGUGGUAUUGUUGCACGGUCCUCCAGGUACAGGAAAAACCAGUAUGUGCAAAGCUCUGGCUCAAAAAGCUAUAAUUCGUAUGAGAGAUCGUUUCACUCAUGGAGAAUUCAUAGAGAUAAAUAGUCACAGUUUAUUUUCAAAAUGGUUUUCUGAAAGUGGAAAACUUGUUAUGAAGCUAUUUGACGAAAUAAAAAAUUUGGUACAAGAUGAAAGAGCAUUGGUAUGUAUUUUGAUUGACGAAAUAGAAUCAUUAGCUCACGCACGUAAGUCGUGCAACAACGGAACUGAACCAUCUGACUCUAUACGCGUAGUAAAUGCGCUACUCACGCAAUUAGAUCAAAUCAAGCGAUAUCCGAACGUUUUGAUUUUAACGACGAGCAAUAUGACAGAAGCCAUAGAUCUUGCGUUCAUCGAUCGAGCUGACAUCAAGCAAUAUCUUGGAUAUCCAUCUGAAAUCGCUAUUUAUAAUAUUUAUCAUUCGUGUCUGAAGGAAUUAAUGAGGACUGGAAUUUUGGAACGAGAAGAAAUAUGUGAUAUAUCGCAGUUAAAGCUAUUCGGAUACACAGAGGAUUCAAACACCAAAAACAGUUUAAAACUGUUGGAACUUAGUCGCGCUAGCGAAGGCUUGAGUGGCCGCACCUUAAGAAAAAUACCAUUUUUGGCGCAUGCUCUUCACUUAUCCAUAGAUAGAACUACAUUGUCUAAAUUCCUCAAAGCCAUGCAUUCAGCUAUUCUGAAACAAAUGCAGCAAGAAGGCGAAUUGCAACAAUCAUAAACAGAAAGGAAUAUGUCAUCGAAAUAUGAAACUAUAUAACAGUUUUUAUGAGGUCCAGUUUUGCACUGAUUCCGCCUCUCGUCCUGCCACCGCCAUUAAAAUCAGUGAGAUGCGACCGCUAUUAAAGUUACGCUUCGUUCCGCUUCGGCG